AUGAAUAAAUAUGAGGUCCUGGGCGUGGUUGGGGAAGGGGCGUACGGGGUGGUGCUGCGGUGUCGCAACAAAGAUAGUGGCUGCGUCGUGGCUGUCAAGAAGUUCAAGGAAAGCGAGGAUGACGAGAUUGUCAAGAAGACGACGCUGCGGGAGGUCAAGGUGCUGCGCAUGCUGCGGCACCCCAACAUUGUGUGCCUCAAGGAGGCAUUCCGACGAAAGGGGAAGCUGUACCUCGUCUUCGAAUACGUCGAGAAGAACCUGCUGGAGGUCCUGGAAGAUAACCCGGACGGACUGCCGUUCGAGGCUGUCAGAGGCUACAUCCACCAGCUGUGCCGGGCGAUAGACUGGUGCCACCACAACGGUGUGGUUCACAGGGAUAUCAAGCCAGAAAACCUGCUCGUGAACGCGAGGAGCAACGAGCUGAAGCUGUGCGACUUUGGAUUCGCAAGAAUAGUGCCCCCAUCCUCAGCGCACCGCCAGGAGCUCACGGACUACGUGGCCACGAGGUGGUACCGCGCACCCGAGCUGCUGCUGGGGUCUACUCGAUACGACCCGUCCGUUGACCUGUGGGCGAUCGGGUGCAUUAUGGGCGAGCUGGUGGACGGGCAGCCUCUGUUUCCCGGGGACAGCGAGAUCGACCAGCUCUACAUCGUCCAGCGGGUUCUGGGACCCCUGACGGAGGCGCACAUGCAGCUGUUCCUCAAGAACCCUCGCUUCGUCGGCCUCAAGUUUCCGGACAUGUCUCGCCCGGAGACGCUGCAGAAGAGAUUUGUGGGGAAGCUCGGGAAACGCGCUAUGGCCUUCGUGCGCUCUUCCCUGGCCAUGGACCCGGCGGCACGGGUUUCAAGCCGAGAGGCGGUUUGCCACCCUCUCUUCGAAGGCCUGUUCGAGGACUACGCCUCGCGACACCCGCACCUGCAGCAGCGCGGCGAUGACCUCGGGGGUGGAGUGGGCGGCAGCGCCAAUGGCAGCGGAGGAGGGUUGCAGAACGGCAGCAGCGGGAACGGGGGCGGUGUCGGCGGGGGAGCGGCUGUCGUUGGCGCGGGGGGAGACGGUCACAACAGGGAUGACACAAGAGGAACGGGUGGGGGUGGGCGUGGGACGAGCAACCACCAGGCGCCGGCACAGCAACACGGCAACGGUUCAAGCGCGAACGGCGGAGGUUCGUCGGGAAGGCCCACCGACUUGCAGGGAGGGGAGGAUGCCCAUCAAACCCCUGGCCCGAAACCGCCGUCGGGGGGAGUUCCUCGGCUGGGGAGAUUCACUCGCGGGAACCGAAGAGCUAGUGGCCACGCGGGGCAAGGGAACGGCUUGACCAGACACAGCAGAGAUCAAGGCCGCCACUCCUCCAGCCGAGAGGACGGUGGCCGGGCUGGCGGCGGUGGUGGCGGCAACGGUGACGGAGGGACCGGGAACGGCGGAGGGGGUGGAGGAAAUGGUGGGAGGCGGGCCGGGGGGCGGGGCGGAAGGGACAGCUCAGGAGGAAAAGGAAGGUACGGAGGCGGUGGCGGAGCUGGCGGGCGAGGAGCACGAGCGCCGGCAACCAGCGCUGCCGGCAACAGCGUGGACAACAAUAUCGGUUUCGCUAGGAAUGGGGACGGAGGCGGUGGCGGGGGUGACGGCGGAGACGACCGAGAUCGAAAGGGGCACGGGUAUGGAACCUCGCGGGACGGAAGGGAUCGCGAGUCGAAAGAAAGCACGCGGGAUCGAGGCCGUUAUCGAGAUGGCGGCGGUGGCGGCGGCGGUGGCAGCAGGGAUUGGUCGAGGGGGGACUUCGGCGGCCGUGAUUCCUCUCGAGAAGCCAGCAAUCGGGAUGGCGGAAGCGGUGGUGGGGGAAGCGGGCGGAGGGGUCCGGCCCCCUUGAGAGGGCGGCAUGAUGACCUCGGGGCGUACGAAGCCGAGCCCAAGGCGAGUCCGCGAGGAGGCGGCCGAUUUAGCCCCGGAGAUGGCGGCAUGAAGGGGGUUUCGCCCCGCCUGAACGGCGGAGGGGCGGCGACGGGGAGGUCGAUGGCUGCGGCGGGUGGGAGGGGAGCAGAGGGAAAACCUCCCAACACACGGAGAUGGAAGGGCGAUGGCGGAGGGCAAGGGGCUGCGGCAGAAGAAAAGCGACAGCUAGAGCGAGAAAUUCAGGCGGAAAGAGAGCGGCAACGAGAGAACGAGAUUCGAGCCUUCCGCGACUUCUCCUUGAACCUGUCCUCCACACCUUUGCCUUCUGCGCUAGGGGGCCAAGGGGGUGACGACCACGAUGAUGCCGGGUUCCCACGGGGCCCCCCAAAACGAGCCGAGUACAAGACCGGUGUCGGCGUCAACCUGGACGCGUUGAGGGAUCCCAACCUCGCUCCUCGGAGUCGAGGCAGGGACAACGACCCGUUGACGGGAGGAAGAGACAACCUGGCGCCCACCGGUGGAAUCGGGGUUGGAGGGAGCGGCGGCACGGGCAACGCCUUGGGCCCUGGCGGCGGUGGCGGUGGCGGCGUUGGGGGAGGCGUGGGCCGUCGGCUUUUCAGUGUAGGAGGAGGGGGAGGCGCGGGGUGCGGUGCGGUGGGGGGGGUCGGAAACGGGGGCGACGUGAGCGGUGGCGGAUCAUCUCCACCGACGGCCUCGGCACGGUACCCGCCGCUUGAGCAUAUCCAGAAUCCUCCGCAGCCAGACCCCAAGGCCGUGGCCGAUAUGGACAAGUUUCCGGGCCCUCAUUCCAGUGGUGGCGGAAGUGCCAGGGGCAGUGGCGGAUCGAUAAUCGGAAAGACUUCGCCGCUCAACGGCUGCUACCCCAUGUCCCCCCUGCACGUGAAGAGACGAAGCUCUUCUAACCCGAACUCGAAUUCGUCCUCGGGGGGCUUGGGGGGUGCCGGCCUCGGAGAAGAGAAAAUGGAAGCGAAAGGGGGAGGAGGGAUGGGCAUGGGCAUGGGCAUGGGGAGCGAUAACCUGGACGCCGGCUACCUCCCACAGCUCCGACGAAGCGAGGGUUGA